AUGUCUGGGGUUUCCGAUUGCCGAGGGUUGCUGUGUUGGGAACUUGGGAUGUGGAAUUGGCAUGGUGUAAGUCAAUAUGAACGUAGAAGUUACAGUCUGUACCAAAGUCUACCACUACCUAGAGCCAAAUAUUCGACUGCACUACAAUAG